UGUUGGGAACAGAGAAGGAAAAACAAGGAGGAGAGAAAAAGAAAGGAGAAGGAGGCUCAAGAGGACUCCCGACCCAGAGAGAAAGGUAAACAAGGAAAAGUAACCGCUUCAAUCUCUUCAUCCCCACAAACACAUCGGGCUUGAGACCUGCCCCACGGCAAUCGAAAUGUCGGACCCAGAGAAGUGGGCUUGCAACUCCUGCGGCAACGUGGGCCUAGAGGACGGCGAUGACGGCUUCUACUACUGCGUGCGCUGCGGCGCGCGGGCCGACGACAUCAUCGAGACGGCCGUGGCCGAGGAGGACUUCGUGGAAAAGGGGCUCGACACUGGCGGCGCGCUAUACUUAAACAGCCACAGGCGCCGCCGCAACGCCUCCACUAUCAAGGCCGAGCCGCUCUCCCAGCCCCUCUAUGACUCCCCCAACCCCCUCUUCUUCUGGAACACCCUGACGCUCGACGCCGAAGCCACGCCUAAGACUCAGCGCCCUAUCAAGAAAGAGGAGUACUUCGACGAUGGGGCGGGGCCCUCGGGUCCCGAGGAUUUCGGGGGUUCUUCGGUGAAGGGUGUGGGUCCGGGCUUCGAGGAUUAUUACAACGAGAUAAGGAUCAGGUACGUGAUGGGUGUGCAGCUGAUGGUUCAGUUUCAGUGCGAGGCUUUGGUGAGGGAGUUCAAUGCGAGCCCUUUGAUUUGUGGACUCGCUGGGACGCUUUGGAUGAGGUUCGUGGCUGGCACUGGCGUCUUUGACGACGACUGGGCUGACCAAACCAUUCAGGACUCCGAAAUUCAGACACCAGAAGAACCGGAAGAUCAUAACUCGCGUGCUAAAUACAGAGCAGAACCUCAUAAUAUGUAUGGUAAGCGAGCAGUAAUGAUUUGGUGUAGAUCCUUAAGGAAGAGGAUCCCAUUAUCUUGCUCUUUGGCUGUUUCAUUUCUCGCUUGUCAUAUCGCGAGGGAAGCAAUCCUGCCAACAGACAUAGUGAAAUGGUCCAUUGAAGGGAAGCUUCCAUAUUUUGCUGCCUUUGUUGAAAUCGAGAAACACAUUGGACGGCCAUCGAGUGCCUGCCCUAUAAGUUCAAAUGUUAUGUUUAAACCUUCUCAGGCUCUUCCAUUCCAGAAGUUGGAAUCGCUGGCAGCAUUGCUUGCUCAGUCCAUAGGCUUGGAUUUACCUCCAGUCAACUUCUAUGCAAUUGCUUGCCGCUAUCUGCAGAAAUUAUGUCUUCCUACGGAAAAGAUUCUCCCUCAUGCUUGCUGCAUAUAUGAGUGGUCAAUGCCUCCGGAUUUAUGGUUAUCAACAAAUGAGUUGAGACUUCCUUCACGUGUUUGUGUGAUGUCGAUACUGAUUGUUGCAAUAAGAAUUCUAUAUAAUAUACAUGGAUUUGGAGAAUGGGAAAAGAGUUUAUCUAGUCAUGGUGGUUCAUCCCCCACAUUGGACCGGAUAGGAAAGUUGGACCUCACUUGUGAUUCCGACUUGGGGGAUGAUUCGGGUAGGGUAUCUGGUUCACCUUACCACAAUCUAGAUGAUUUGGGCACAAAUUCUAAUAGAAACUCAUCAGAAGUUCAGAAAUCUGAGUUGGAUGCUGCAGAGCUUCUGCACAAGCUCGAAGCUAGAUAUAAUGAGAUUGCUGACUCCUACGAGUAUUCAAAGGACUUACCUACAUAUCUCCAGUACUGUAAGGAUGUGGCCUUUGCUGGAUUAGAACCGUCAUUUGAGAAUCACGAGGAAGGGAGGUUAAUAGAAGAAUUCUGGGAUUUUUAUCAGAAAGAGAAGGAUUCUGAGCCAAAAGAACCUCUUGAAGAGGGACGUAGUAGUGCUUUUAACCAAAAGACAUCCCAGAAUAAAGAAUGGAGUAGCCAUAUGUCUAAUGAUAACAAGAAGAUGAGAGAUGAAGGGUGCCAAUCCUCAGAUGAUGGAACUUAUGACUCACAGGGGGGCUCGGAUGGUGGUGAUCAUUCUUCUCAGAGUUCAGAGGGUGAUCAAAGCUCAGAACGCAAGGGCCAAGCUUCAGCUGAAACUCUGAAAAAUGAAACCAUCAAACGUAUGAAAGUAGACAUGGAAGAGAAUAGAUUCUUAUACAUUCCACCAAGGGUCAACAUCAAAAGAUUUGAUUACCUUCACUAUGUGAGGAAGAAGGAUGAAGGAGCCUUUACUUAUGUUGCCCAUGCAGAUUACUACAUUCUGCUUCGUGCUUGUGCCAGGGUUGCUCAAGUGGACACUCGGAUUAUGCAUGUUGGGGUUUUAAGUGUUGAGAGGAGACUGGCUUGGUUGGAAAGCCGAAUUGACCACUGCUUGCAUUUGACACCACCUAAUGUUUCAUGUGAGUUUUGUACUGAUGUUGCACUAGAACAUGUUGUUAAUGAUUCCAUUGGAUUAUCAGAUUUGAAUAUUUAAGAUUUCUUCACCCCGCUGUGAAUGAA